UAAAAACGAAUUCUGAUAACGGGCCAUAUCCAUAACCGACCGGAUCCGACACGACGUUCGGAAAACAGUAACAAACUGGAAAAAAGCAAAUGAAUCCACCAUUAAACCCAAAAACACCAGACUCUCAUGUACUGGGCAAGUGAUUAUAGCGUCUCCUUUAACAGAUUAAAAAUCUUCAUCGCAUAAAUAAAUAAUAAUACAUCUAACAACAGAUCUGGAUUCCUACUUCACUCCAAUACGAUGAGAAGGUUAGGGCACCACAGGCAGCAUGCGAAGCAAGGAGUGAAGGGAAUGUUAGCGAAGCUAUCGAUUGCUGUGGUUGUUCUCUUGAUCUGUACGCUUUCUUUGUUGUUUUCUACUACUAUUAAUGGAACUACCAGAUCUGCUGGUCCAUCUGAGAUAAAUGUUGAAGAACUUUGGGACAGUGCAAAUUCUGGUGGCUGGAGACCUUCGUCUGCUCCAAGAUCUGAUUGGCCAGCCCCUCCAAAAGAGACUAAUGGCUAUCUGCGUGUUCGUUGUAAUGGUGGUUUGAAUCAGCAACGCAGUGCGAUUUGUAACGCAGUUCUUGCUGCUAGAAUCAUGAAUGCUACCCUUGUGUUGCCUGAGUUGGAUGCCAACUCCUUCUGGCAUGAUGACAGUGGCUUCCAUGGUAUCUAUGAUGUUGAGCAUUUUAUCCAAUCGCUCAAGUAUGAUGUACGUAUUGUGGAAAGCAUUCCUGAAAUUCGAAAAAAUGGGAAAACCAAGAAGAUAAAGGCUUUCCAGCUUCGCCCCCCUAGAGAUGCUCCUAUUAGUUGGUAUUUAACUGAUGCCUUGGAGAAGAUGAAGCAACACGGAGCCAUUUACUUAACUCCCUUUUCUCAUCGUUUAGCUGAAGAAAUUGACAACCCUGAGUACCAACGAUUGAGAUGCAGGGUUAACUACCAUGCCCUCCGAUUUAAGCCACAUAUUAUGAAGCUAAGUGAGUCGAUAGUUAAUAAGUUACGUGCACAAGGUCACUUCAUGGCAAUACACCUUCGGUUCGAGAUGGAUAUGCUGGCAUUUGCUGGGUGCUUUGACAUAUUUACCCCUGCCGAGCAAAAAGUAUUGAAGAAGUAUAGGAAGGACAAUUUCGCAGAUAAAAGACUUGUUUAUAUUGAAAGGAGGGCCAUUGGAAAAUGCCCUUUAACUCCAGAAGAGGUUGGUCUUAUCUUACGUGCAAUGGGGUUUGACAAUUCCACUCGAAUAUAUCUAGCAGCUGGCGAACUGUUUGGUGGACAGCGAUUUAUGAAACCUUUUAGAUCCCUGUUUCCUCGCCUUGAAAAUCACAGCUCUGUGGAUGCUACAGAGGAGCUAGCCACAAACACCCAUGGAUUGUUAGGAUCUGCUGUGGAUUACAUGGUUUGUCUCCUUGCUGACAUUUUUAUGCCUACGUAUGAUGGGCCAAGCAAUUUUGCCAACAAUCUCCUGGGUCACCGCCUCUAUUAUGGUUUUCGGACAACAAUUAGACCUGACAGAAAAGGUCUUGCUCCAAUUUUCAUUGAUAGAGAGAAUGGAAAGAAAGCUGGUUUUGAAGAAGCAGUGAGGCGCGUAAUGCUCAAAACAAACUUUGGUGGUCCUCACAAGCGAAUUUCACCUGAAUCAUUUUAUACAAAUUCUUGGCCUGAAUGUUUCUGCCAAACUGAGACGGAGAAUCCUUCUGAUAAAUGCCCACCAGAGAAUGUGCUGGAAAUUUUGGAUAGCCAGUUGGAGAGUGAAGUGAAUAGUGACUCGGAAUCCUUGUACCAAACAAAUUCAACCAUAUCUCUGGCGGAAAGGUAAAACAUGCCGUACUUCCCAGAUAUUCAGCAUCUCAGGUAGUCGUUUAUCUCAUAUUUGUAUACUCUCGCGUUAAAGAGUCUCAGUUAUGUCGUGGAAGUGUUCAAGUUGCUGCUUUAGGAAGUGCUUUGUAGUUUCUUGGAAGGGAAAUGCUUUAAAGUUCCAUAGUUUGAUCAAAGGGUGACAAUGGUUCACAUGGAGAAAGCUAAUGCAAAAUGAAUAGCCAUACUAGGAUAGUCAAAAAGGCCAUGGAGGAACCUGGACUAUUCAGAAUGUGGAUUCAUCCUAGGAAAUAUUCAGAUUAUUUAAAAAGAGGAUAAAUGGUUAGGAGCGGAUUUGUUGUAUUGGAAAGACAUUUCUCUUGUUCUGACUAUUAUAGAAAGAAUGAAAAUGAAUAAUCCUGCAGGAUACAAUCAGGUGGGUGAGGAAGUUUUGCAUUUCUUUUUUCCGGAUUGGAGACUGGCCUCGAGCUGCACGCAAAGUGAUGUUCACCCCCUGAUACUCCACCUAUAUCUCGAUAUUAUGUCCUCGGUGGUAUCAUGGAAUAAUUGCACUACAUGAUGGAUUUCCCCCCCUUCACAUUGUAUCUUGAUUUUCCAAAAGGAUGCCUCACACUUAUAACUUUGUUGGGGUAGCUAAUUGAACCGUGUCAAAUUAUACCAUAUUUCUUCUAAUUCAUUUUUCUUAUGUAUAUUAGGUUGUACUAUUAUUUUCCUUCUGAUAGUUGAUGACAGUUUUCUUUC